GCUCGCUCCAACCAAGGUCGCUGGCACCGGUAAAUCCAGACAGCUUCUGUCGUCGUCCACCAUUUAAAUCCGUCGUUUUGGCCACGUCUGCUCGGCUUUGCUUCGUCGUCAGUAAUUUGCGGCUGGCGCUGGGUGUGGAGAAGAUAUACCGUAGGUUUCCCGGUGGAGUAGUGCUCGUUUGUUAAGUGAAUAGAAAAAAAAGGAAAAUAAUGUUUCGCUGUAAAAUAGUGACCUACGUGGUUGCUCUGCUGCUGACCAUUCACACGGCGUUUGCUGCCGAAGCCGAUGUGCUGGAUCUGACCGACAGUGACUUUUCGACCCGGGUCGGCGAGACUGAAACGACACUGGUUAUGUUCUACGCUCCCUGGUGUGGCCACUGCAAGAAAUUGAAACCCGAAUACGCCAAGGCAGCCGAGCUUUUGCGCGGUGAGGAUCCCGCGAUAGCCCUCGCCAAGAUCGACUGUACCGAGGAUGGCAAGGAGACCUGCAACAAGUUCUCCGUCUCGGGCUAUCCCACGCUGAAGGUGUUCAAGAACGGCGAAGUGUCACAGGAGUACAACGGGCCACGGGAUGCCACCGGCAUCGCCAAAUACAUGAAGUCGAUCGUUGGACCGGCCUCCAAGGAUCUGUUGACGCUGGAUGCGUUCGAAGCUUUCCUCAAGGUGCAGGAAACCAGCGUGGUGGGAUACUUCGAGAAGGAAUCCGAUCUGAAGGGAGUCUUCCUCAAGUAUGCCGACAGUCAACGUGAGCGGCUGCGUUUUGGACAUAGCAGCGCUAAGGAUGUGUUGGAGAAACAGGGCGAAAACAACGCGAUAUAUUUGAUCCGUGCCAAGCAGCUGGCUAACAAGUUCGAACCGGACUUUGUCAAGUUUGAAGGCAAGACCAAGGAUGAGCUGAGCACCUUCGUCAAGGAAAACUUCCAUGGUCUGUGUGGAGUUCGUAGCCGUGAAACCAUCAACGAUUUCAAGAAUCCGCUCGUCGUGGUUUAUUACGCCGUGGAUUACGUCAAGAACCCCAAGGGAACCAACUACUGGCGCAAUCGGGUGCUGAAGGUUGCAAAGGAAUUCGUUGGACGCGUAAACUUUGCAGUUAGCGCCAAGGAUGACUUCCAGCAUGAGUUGAAUGAGUACGGUUACGAUUACGUUGGCGAUAAGCCUCUGGUGUUGGCUCGUGAUGCCAAAAACCAAAAGUUCAUCAUGAAGGAAGAAUUUUCAGUUGACAAUCUGCAGGCAUUCGCCACCGAUCUGGAGGAGGGAGCCCUAGAGCCGUACGUAAAAUCGGAACCCAUCCCGGAGAGCAACGACGCUCCGGUUAAGAUUGCCGUCGGAAAAAACUUCGAGGAUGUGGUCACCAACAACGGCGUGGACACGCUGAUCGAAUUCUACGCUCCAUGGUGCGGACACUGUAAGAAGCUGACGCCCGUGUACGAGGAACUGGCCACCAAGCUGAAGGAUGAAGAGGUCGCCAUUGUGAAGAUGGAUGCCACUGCCAACGAUGUGCCACCGACAUACGAUGUGCGCGGAUUCCCAACGCUAUUCUGGCUUCCAAAGAACGGCAAGAACAGUCCGAAGCGUUACGAAGGUGGCCGCGAAGUGGACGACUUUAUCAAAUAUAUCGCGCAGCACGCCACCGAUGAGCUGAAGGGAUGGGACCGCAAAGGAAACGAAAAGAAGAAGGAUGAAUUGUAAUCUAUCUCCGCAAUGUGUCUGCUGCGAGGCCGGUACGCAUUGGAGUAACGGCAGUUCUGCGAAAGUUUCCUUAUCAGUUGACGAUACGGGAUGCCCAUGGUCAUGAAAAUUUCGUUCUUAUGUUGUAAAUCAUAUCUCAUCUGCUUGAUAGGUUACUUCCGUUGAAUUCGCAUAUCCAUUUAAAUUAAAUGUUUGAGUAUAAUGAAAGAUUGUUGACAAAGUGUGAAUUGAGAAUGUUUGGUAUAAAAAAUCGGUCUCCAGACACAGUAAAGAAAUAAAAUUGAUUGAGAGUCGGAUAAUCAAUAAUGCCCAUUAUA